AUGUAUAAAAUGGUGGGAAUCAGUGACACUUUUGUCAUUUAUUAGUUAACAUAGGCAUAAUUUUUUUGGGGAAAGUUUUUCAUCAUGGACCAAGAAGAAUUCGAUUUGAUGCCGGAAGAAGCCCCGGAAGAAGACACUCUGGAUCCGAACAACCCGGAUGAUGCAUUCGCAAUACUGGAGAGGAAUUAUCUCAAAACUGUUGCCGAAAUGGAGGAAAACCACGCUGCUGCAAAAUACCUCGAGGAAUUUAAUAAAUUAUUCGAUUAUCUUCACAAUAUACGUGAACAGGGUAUAUAUUUAUCGGAACAGAAUAAAAUCAUCUCUGAAGAACUAGCUGUUACUGAUGAACAAUUACAAAACAAUCGUGAGAUGAUAAAAACAGACACAAAGACGAUUACACGAUUGGAGACUGAUAUUGAACAAUCGCGGAAAUUAAUUGACAAUGCACAUUCACGUGAGCAACACGCGCAGGAGAUUAUUGAUAAUUUAAGGAAACAGAUACAAGCGCUUGAGAACGAGAUUGAGUUACAGAAUAAAAUGGCCGCUCCGAGUUUUUUCGAUGAAAAUCCACAGGUUGCCAAACAACGUGCAGGAAUUGCACGUGAGAAAGACGCGUUGAAGAUUGAAGUUGCUAAAUUAACUGAGAAACUCAACAAUGCUUUGAUGUAUCAAGAAGAAUUGGAACAACGUACUUCUGUGGCGGAUUUACAAGUUGUAGCUAUUGGAGAAGAAAUGGAGAUUACUUCAGCUGCAGUCGAGAGACUGAGACAAAAAAAACUUCACAUGGAAUUAUCAAUCAAUAGAUUAGAAGAAUCAAACACAUCCAAAGAUGAAGAGAUUGCACUUAUGACUAAAUUAUUAGCUGAUACAAAAGUAGCACUGGAUGAAUGUUCAGUUAAAUUAGCAGAUCAAACACACAAAGCGCAUAUCUGCGCUAAUGAAAUGAAAGCAAGUAAUACACGUUAUUAUAAACUAAAACAGGAGUAUGAUGCUCUUGUGUUUAACGCGGACAGUUUAAAAAAAACUAUUGAACUUGCGCAGAAGAAACUACAGAGUAACGAACAUGAACAAAAGCAAAUAAAAACAGAUACUUCUUUGAUAGCAAAAGAAAAAGAUGCGACUAAUAAUAAAAUAGCAAGACUCCUCAAAGAAAAAACACACAUUCAGAUUGAACGUGAUAAACUUCGAGCACAAUUUAAUGGAACAAUAAAAGAAUCUAUUGAUUUAAAAAAGCAAAUAAUCGAUACCAAGAGACAAGUUAUAGAGCACACCAGAGAUAAAGAACAGCUGAAUAUAAGGGUUGCAAGAAUGGCAGAAGUUACAGCGGAAAAUCUAAGAGAAAUCAAGGUUAAAGAUCAAGAACACCAAUCAUUAAGAGAAGAGAUUAUUAAUUGUAAGAAUUUGAAGAAAAAACAAGCGAAAAUAAUCGUGAGAUUAAAUCAAGAACAAGAAAGAUUAAACGAACAACUUUCAAUCAAGAAUACAGCUAUUGAAGAUGCACAAGAUCUUUAUAAAACAGAAAAAAUAAAACUUCAAGAAUUAAACAAAUCUCUAACGGAAAGUGAAAAUAAACUACGCACGGCGAAUAAUCUCAUUGAAUCAACCAAGUCUGAUCAGAAUAGAUUAGUUUCAAGUAUACGUGAAAUGGAAGCAAAUAAUAAACUCACCCAAGAAAAAAUAUACAAUAGUAAUCUAAUAAACACCCAAUUAAAAGAAGAUAUAAAAGCUAAGACUCAUGCUAUAAUCAAGGGACAAGCAGACGUGAAAGAUUUGAUACAGCAAAGAGAUGAUUUACGUCUUGAACUUAGUAAAAGUUUACAAGAACAGAAAAACCUCCGAGUGGAAUUGCAUGAGGCGAAAGCUACUGAGCGUAAAGCGCAUGCGUGUAUCGCCCUUAAUGAACGCAAUAUACGCAAUCAAAUGAAAGUCAUCCAGACCCUGAUGAAUGAACGUGAUUUAUUCAAUGCGCAGCUUAUGCAACGUGAUAAAGAAGUUCUCCUCCUCCAGGAGAAGGUUAAAUUGUUACAAUGCACUUUGAAUUUCGGUGAUGCACAAUAUCAGCAAAGAAUUGAUGAUAUUAGAUUGUUGAAGAUUGAGAUUAAGCGUCUGAGACAGGAGAAAGCAAUGAUGACUCAGACUAUUCAUAUUAUGACUGAUUUGAAACAAGAAUUGAUUCAUUUGGAGCGAGAUUUGACGAGGGAACGUGUUAAGAACAAAGCGUGUGAGGAUGAAAUGUGCAAUCCGAUGAAUAUUCACAGAUGGCGGAAGUUAAAAGGGAGUGAUCCGGAUGUGCUUGUUCUUAUGCAAAAGAUCUACAUGCUACAAAAAAAAAUAUUAAAACAAGAUAGUGUUUUACUUGAAAGAGAACGGCAAUUGAAAGAAUCACAGAAAUUAUACAUGUCACUACGUAAAAUGGCAGCUAAACAACCUGGGCCUGAUGUAGGACAAGUUGAAACUUUGAAAAAAGAACUUACGAAUAGUCAGAGCCUUUUGAAGUCGCUUAAAUCAGAGAUGUGUAUACUUGAAUUGGAGAAUAAAGAGUCUACUCAACGAUUGAAGAAAGUGAAUACAGAAUUACACGAAGCCAAGCGACAACUUUUAAGUGAAAAGAAAAAACGAUCGAAAGAUUUGGAAGCGUUGCGUGCGUUGCCUGUACCGGUGCCGCCCUCUACCGCUGUUGUUAAGUACACAGGCGGAGGUUUCCGUAUGGCUGUAGUUUCAGCCGCAGCCGCCAGUCUACCGAAAGUACAGUGAAUCUUCUCUUGCAUUUUACCGCGCAGAGUAACACCGUUGUUUGUUAUAAGUGUAACAAUUGUAGACGGAAUUAGUUGGUGUGUUUGAUAGUCUGAAUCCAGUAUUGAGUGACGCAUCGUGUAGGUUACGAUUGUAGCUAUGCCAAGGUUGUUGGAAGUGUGUGUGGACAGUUUCGAGUCGGCACUCGCCGCGAUUACAGGGGGCGCUAGUCGACUAGAACUCUGUAAUUCUCUUGCUGAUGGUGGACUUACACCAUCACCAGGAUUAUUAAUCCAAGUACAAAAUGCAAACACAAAGAAAAUACCUGUCUUUUGUCUCAUACGAUGUCGGCCUGGAAAUUUUGUCUAUACUCCUGAA